GUGACCACGUGGUACGCUCUGGCUGCGGACACUCUCGUAGGGUCUACCUCGGCGUGUGGAGUUGUUGAGGGAGGACAGGCAGGCAGGCGGAGGAGCAGGUGUUGGAGAGGAGUUGCCUGCGGCAGGAGUGGCAGCACCUGAAAUCACCGUCGGUGAAUAAAAGCCGCAAGUAGAAGAAGAACACGAGCGAGCCAGCGAAGGAGAGAAUACACGCGAAGAACGGCAUAAAAAUAUCCAUACAUUCAGUAUGAGCAGCGGAAGCGAAUGCUAUAGGUGCCAUCGCACGGGCCAUUUCGCCCGCGAAUGCUCGCUGCCCGAUGACGGCGAACGUAGAGGACCCCGAGGAGGUGGUCGAGGCGGACGCGGCGGCGGCAGAGGAGGUUUUCGUGGCGGGUUCCGCGAAAAGUGCUACAAAUGCAACCGGCUAGGACACUUCGCGAGGGACUGCAAGGAAACCGAAGACCGCUGCUACCGUUGCAACGGAACUGGACACAUUGCAAAGGAUUGCCAACAAGGCGAAAUGUCGUGUUACAACUGCGGCAAGACUGGGCACAUCGCUCGCGAAUGUCCUGAAGUAGACAAGAGCUGCUACCGCUGCGGAAAACCAGGUCACAUCUUUAGGGAUUGCCCUGAAGAAGGCCAGAACCGCAACCAAUCUGAGCUUGGUCAAAAAUGUUACACUUGCGGACGAUUCGGACACUUCUCCCGGGAAUGUCCGCUAGACCGGAGAUGCUACGUGUGUGGUCAGGGCGGCCACAUUUCACGAGAAUGUCAAGGCGAGGGCCAGAACGACCUCUGCUACGCAAGACCAUCUCAUUUCUGAAUGUCGUCGUCGCUGGACCAUCCGGCUCGUUCAAGCUCUCAUCUAUCCGCUCGAACUCCUUCCCGGACCAGCACCUGAGGCUGUCGAGAGAUUUGUGUGGAUCAAGAUCAUUGAGCAGAUGACGAAACUUUGUAUACCAGGGAGAUUGGAACGACAGGAAUGAGACCAGGGAGACUCCGGCUCGCGCAUCAGCUCCUCGCCUCGCAUCCAAACACAACGAGGGGGGAAUCGGAUUCUACCCGAUCUCGACUUGUUGUUGUUUUAUCAUCUUCUAGAGAUGUCUCUUAUCUUGUUCUCUCGCUAUGAAGUUUAUCCAUGUUAUCAUACAUCCUUGUUAUUCGACGUCGGGUAUUUGGGCUCCGGUAAGGAGAGUCAUGACCUGGAACCACGUGGUAAUAGUUUAUGCUGACUGAGUGUUAUUGUUCUUCCGGAAAAUGUUAUCGUCGAUACCACGGGUUUGUCUCACCAUGCGGAGACAUGAACAGUUCGAGGGACAAUCCUCUUCAUUUGGAAACUAUUCCGUUGUCAGCAUUCCACUCGUCAACCCGAUGUUCUGUGCCGAUUCCGAUUUUGCGAUGAGGCGGAAGGGGGUACUUCCGCAUUUUUGGAGAGACAGGCUUUGAUUACGAGUGUUAGAGAACAUGUCUCUGGUGUUCAUUGUGCUCCAAGGGCUAUCACCGUUGCAUCUUGUGCUCAACGCUAGAGACAUUCUCAUCGUCCCCCUUGAACUCAACGAAAUCACGAGGGAUUCCACGAGGAAGUUUACUCGAGACUGAACUUGAGGAUUGAGUGCAACAGAGACUCUCACGUCGGCUAAUCGGUCCGCGAACUCCGAGCUGAUCUAAGAUUUUUAUGCUGGCUGAGACUCUGAUUUUCCCCGAUAUAAAAUCAAUCAGUUUCUGCGAAGGUACUGCGGGAAAUAGCAGAGAGUCGUUUGUCUUGUCUAACGUCAUGAUAUCGUGAAUAUAACUGCAUGUAACUUCAAUGGUGGACCCUCUGUCCCCUCGCUCCUAUGACUGUGACAGAAAACUGAUCCGUGAAGAUGGACCAUCU